AUGGAAAAAUACCAAGAAAUGAAAAAGUUUAUUGCUGCUGCUCUAGAGUAUUCAAGGCAUCAUGCUGAUUCCAGUACUAGUGCUUUACAAAGACAUUUACAAAUUUUAGCCUCAACUACAGACAUAAGUGAAUUUGAUCCAUCUUCGAGUGUUGCAACAGAGUUUUAUGUCAGUUUACAUGAACUUAUGGCCGGCUUGGAAUCAAGAUCAAUGCUUGUAUGGUCAGCAAUUGCAGUACUUCAAAAGGCUUGCACUAAUCCGAAUGCUAAGAGAGCUUUAAUUCAUACUUAUAAGUUUAUACCUAUACUUACAAGAUUUCUAGGAACACAUCAUAUAACUGACAAACAAUUAAGACUUUUACAAGUUUUGGUAGAAUUAACUUAUGGUGUUAAAAUAUCAUGGCAAGAAGCUCAUUUACCUUAUUUAAUAUCAACUUUAGUACAAAUUGUUAUGGAGGGAGAUAGUGAAUUAAAACCUUAUGCACUCGGUGUAUUAGUUAAUUUAUGUUAUAAAAACUUACCUGCCUUGUAUGUUCUCAUGAGAAAAGUAGAAAUAACAAAGUUUAUUAAGUGUAUAACAAAACUUAAUGACAAUCCAAAUAUUAGAAUGCAAGUGUGUAAAAUGUUGAUUAUUUUAGAACAAAUGAAAGGUGUUCUUCCCGACACUGAUGUUUUGAAUUUUGUUGAUGUGACAUUUAGCACAGUGACUGCUGCAUUCGAAAGCAGAGAUGUAUUUUUAUUGAGGCACAUUGUUGAUUUCUUUAAAGAUGUUAAAGACAAUGAACAUUUUAGCGCUGUCAUGUUAAAAUAUCCCAGAUACUAUGCUGAUACUAAAAAAUUGGUAGAACUUGUCGAAAUUCAAGAAUCAGAUGAUGAUGCCAGUUUAGAAUGUAUAGCACUUCUUUUAGAUUUUUUCCCAUCGCUUCUUAAAAAGGAUGUCGAAGGUAUCCCAAAACUCUUCCCAAGGCUGAGUGCUGCAUGUUUAAGGUGGGUUCAAAAUGAAACAACAAGCAUUCAGUCUUUGGGAGUCAUUCAAAGUAUAAUCGAACAAGUAAAAAUUCACACAUAUAAUGACAUCAGAGAUGAAGUUGUUGAAACUGUUAAAACAGGAUUACCAGCAUUGUUAUUAAUACUUGAUUCAGGAGGAGAAGAACCUCCCACAAAUAUGGAUAAAAGGCUAAGGCUCACUGGUUUGGUAACAUUGCUAUCCGAAAUGUCUGUUUAUCCAGAUUUACGUAAAGAAAUUUUAAAUAGUGUCAAGUACAAAGUUGUGGGUGGAAUUUUCGAAUCGAUCAUUAAACAAGAACCAGUUGAACAUGAUAAUUUGUUUAAAAAUGAUGUUAGUGAAUUGUGCAUACAAACUCUUAUAUUGGUAUCAGCAUUAGCGACAUUUAGCAGUGAGUGGAUGUCACUGUAUGUGAAACUUCUCACUCAGAGAAAUGUUCAGGCAGCAUUAGCCAUUGCUCUAUACAGCGGAUCAAAAAAAAUUAAAACUCAAGUUUUUUCAUUAUCUUCCUCUCCUGGCUGGACCAAAGAAUGCACUUCAUUACUCUCAGAAAUUAUGUGGGAAAUAAAACCUGUAGCUUUUGGUCCUGCUUCGAAUGUUCCCAAUUCGAAUCCUCCUCAUGCAUCUCUUCAAGAAUUGGUACCUUUAUACAAUUGCGCUCAAGAAUCUAGAUUAAACGAAUUGAUACUAGCUUUGCAGGAAGCUAAAGAAAAUAAUAAAAUUGGGGAUUCGUCAACUUCGGCCGUUAUGGAAUUGUACGAAUAUAAAUUAGCAGCCAUGGGACAUGCGGAAAGAAGAAUGCAAUGCUCAUUGGAAGCUGCAGAUGCUGCUUGCACUGGAAUGAAUCAUCAAAUAGCUCAAUACAGAGCAGAAGUUGCUAGAUUACAUCAAAUGUUAUUUUACAGUCAACAAUGUAUAGAAGGUACGGCAACUGAAAAAAAAGAAUUGAUGAAUAAAUUAUCUGAAAUGACUGUGAAACUUGCCAAUGAAAAAAAAAAUCAAUAUGCCGAAAUAAAAGAUUUGAAAAAAAAAUUAGGGGAAUUUGAAAUGUUGUUAAAACAAAAGGAAGGCGAAUUGGAAAUGAAAGCGACGGAAUUGGCGAACGAAGUGGGAAAACAAAAACAAUUGACACUGGAUUUACAAUUGCAAAAUUUCGAAAUGGAUAAAAUACAAAAUCAAUUGAUUGAAAGUCAAAAUAAAAAUCAAGAACUCAUCAAAUUAACCGUGGCCCUGGAAGAGAGGUUUAGCAAAAACAAGACAUACAUUGCAGAAUGCGAAAGUAAAUUGCAAGAUUUGACAAUGGAAAAUAGAGAAUUUAGACGAUCGCUUCAAGAAUCAAUGGAAAAUCAACAGCAGAAAGAUGCCAUCAUUGCAGAAAAAGAAAAAUUAUUAUAUGAAUAUAAAAAGAAAAUUGAAGAUUUAGAAAGGAUAAGAGAAAUUGUUAUCAAUGUCGCAGUUCUUAAUAAAUAUAGUCAAUAA